CGGCUUUAAUUGAACAUGGGCAACUUGUUAAAUAAAUUUAAAAACAUCAAGUGCAACAAUCAAAACGGCGAAAAUCGAUCCGAUGAUCGUGAUAUGGGUUGCCGCAACAAAUGGAGAAAUGAAAACUGUCAGCCAUAUAUGCAUUCUGGAGAUACAUUUCUGGCCAAACGUCGCCUUUUAAAAAGCGAUUUGAUAGAUCGAAAUCCUUAUUUCAAGAAUUGUUGCCAAAACUGUGGAAUAUGCUUGGAAUAUCUAAAUACGUGGCGUGCUCGGAAUUCAAAUCAAUAUCCGAAUAGGAAAAGAAAUAACCAGCAGGCAGCUAAUUUACUUGGCGUUCCUGCUCGUCCCAGUGUAUCUCGUCCUGCUGUAGCUCGUCCAGUUGGUGCAGCUCGUCUUAACGUGGCUCGACCUGGUGUAGGACGUCCAGUUGUAAUUGAUAAUGCAAAGGGCCAGAAGGCAGUAGCUAAGCCAGCAACUGCUAAUAAAACCAACACCCCCAACAGCAGUAGCAACACCACCAACCCCCCUAAAAGAAAGGCCGAAAAGAGGAAGCGCCAAUAUGCCCGCAAGCGUGGAUUUAGGCUUGGAGGCGUCAAGUUGACUUAUAUUAAAAACAAGAAAGAAAAACUGCCCCAACAAGAAGAGGAAUCCUAUGCUGUGGCAUUUUUCGAGGAGAAGCCCAUUUACACUAUCAACGUAAAGAAUGAGGACGAUGAAGUGACUGCCACUGUAGUAUUGGAUGAUGCAGAUGAGAAGGACACCAAAGCCAAUUCGGAACGACCCUCGCGUACUAAUGGCAAACGGGCUAGUAAGCAAUUGCGAAUGGAGUGGACUACGCUUCUACGAUUCUAAAGAUUAUAAGAGCUAGAAGAGUUGGUGGACCGACUUCAAGCGCUAUGGAGCCGAAAUCCAUAAGGAAUUGGUAAACUAGGUUGUUUAAAUUUAGAGCAUUGCUUUUUGCCAUAUCUACCAAACUCUGUCAAAUUAAGCACCGAACAAGUUGUGCAUGGUGUCAUUAAAUCGGUGCAAUUCGCUUUGGGCGAUAUGCCGGGAAUGCCUUAUGAUACCAUGAAGUCGAUCGUCACCCUGAUGAAUACAUUUUUUGAGCAUCUUAAGUCGGAAACGGAGCUAGAGGCCCUUCAGGACACUAUACGUAGUCUUCUUCUUCUUAUGGGUGAAAUAUAAUAAAAUCGUAAAUAAUGUGAAGGCAUCAAAUGAAGAGAAACCGAAACCUGAAGAUAAAAAAACUGAUGCCAAGACUACGGCUACCAAUGAGCAGGGAAACACCAGCAUAAACUGGAUGGCCAAACAGGCCUUUAAUAAUCCAUGCUUCCAUUGGUUCCAUUGGUUGGCCUUUAGCGAACAAGAAACUAUCAGUGAAUUCGCUUGGUGGGAUCAUUAAAAGGAAUUCCCUACUAUCUAAAGAGAUCGUAUUUUAUUUGCAUUGUAUACAAAUCCUUACAGAUACAGAUUGUUAGUUCUAAUCUAAUACCUCUGAUUAUCAAAUACAUUGCCGAAAA